AUGCUGAAGUUUAUACGCGGCAAAGGCCAACAACCUUCGACCGAGCGGCAGAAGCUGAACAAGGAACUGUUUGCCUUUCGUCGGACGGCUCAGCAUGGCUUUCCCCACAAACCGUCCGCAGUGGCGUUCGAUCCGAAGAGUAAGCUGAUGGCGAUCGGUACGAACAGUGGCGUGAUCAAGGUGUUCGGUCGACCGGGCGUCGAAUUCUACGGUCAGCACACGUCGCCGACCAACAACCCGGCCGACUUGAUCGUUCAGAUGCUGGAGUGGAUUCCCGGCACCGGGCGACUCCUUUCGCUGAGUGCCUCCAACCAGCUCGUGCUCUGGGAGCCGGCCGGCACGCUGCUGGUCGCGGUCAAGCAUCUCGCGUUCGAUGGCAAGUUGAAGAAAAUUUCCUCCCUCUGCUGUUCGUACCUGAAGGACACGGUUUGGAUCGGGACGGAGGGUGGCAACGUCUACCAGUUCGAUGUGCGCAGCUUCAGCGUGAAGGAGUCGGUCAUCUAUCACGACGUGGUGCUGGAGCAGCUACCCACUGCCUACAAGCUCAACCCGGGUGCGAUCGAAUCGGUCAAACAGUUGCCCACCAACCAUAACCACCUGUUGAUCGCCUACAACCGGGGAUUGGCGGUGCUGUGGGAUCUCGAGGCAGCUGGCGUGAAACAAUCGUUCAUAUCGCCCGGCCACGGCCAGAGCGUGGGACUGUUUAUCGACCCCGACGGGACACAGUUCACCUGGUACCAUGCGGAUGGAUCGUUCGCAACCUGGGACCUUGACAGCCCGAUACCGCCCGAAAAUCAGAAGUACGUCCCGUACGGUCCGGAUCCGUGCAAGGCGAUUGAUCGGUUGGCCCGCGGGUACCGCGGGCGCCGCGAGCUCGUAAUCUUCUCGGGCGGUAUGCCUCGUUCGGCGUACGGCGAGCAUCAGUGUGUGUCGGUACACUGCAAGGGCGGUGCCAAAGUGGCGUUUGACUUCACCUCGAAAGUGAUCGAUUUCUUCGUCACGUUCGAUGACGAACGCCCGGACAAGGCCCAGGUCUUGGUGGUGCUUCUCGAGGAGGAACUGGUGGCGUACGAUUUGUCCGACGAAACGCUGCCGCAGAUCAGUAUCCCCUACUUGCACUCACUGCACGCCUCGGCCGUCACCUGCAACCACCUGGUUUCACAGGUUUCGGCUGAAGUGUACGCCAAGAUCAAACGAGCCGGCGACGCGCAGCUGGCGGACUUCAGUGCAAACCCGUGGCCAAUCACGGGCGGUAUUGUACCAGAGGAGGGUGCUGACGGAGAACCUUAUUUCGCGCCAGACUCUCGCGACAUUCUGCUUACCGGCCACGAGGAUGGAUCGGUGAAGUUUUGGGACUGCUCCGGAGUGUGUCUCACGCCGUUGCUUCACGUCAGGACGGCUCCUCUGUUUAGUAACAGCGAUGAGGAAGCAUUCGCCGACAGUGCACUAAACAACUCCACCGAGCAGCUUGAUGAUGGUGAGCCCCCGUUCCGGAAGGCGGGCCAGUUCGAUCCGUACUCUGAUGAUCCGCGCCUCGCGGUGAAGAAGGUACAGCUGUGCUCUCAAACGGGUACACUCGUCAUUGCCGGUACGGCGGGCAACGUGGUUAUGGCCAACUUCGAGUCCGGAAUGGGUGCUUCGUCCUCGUCAUCCACGGCUUCGUCCCAGGCAGAUGAGCCGGUUGGGCCGCUGCCGGUGAGUGUGAUGAAUUUGGUCAGCGAUCGCGAUGGCUUCGUGUGGAAGGGCCACGAUCAGCUGAAGGUGAAGCGCCAACUGCUGGAAGAAAACGAACCGAUCCACGAGGGCGUGCACUUCACUGGUGUACUUCAGGUGCUACCACCUGCCGCUGUCACGUGCAUUGCGAUGCAAAGCAAAUGGUCGCUGGUUGCAGCCGGUACAGCCCAUGGUCUGGUGCUCUUCGAUUAUCGUAACCAAGUGCCGGUGCUGCACAAAUGCACGCUCAAUCCGAACGAUCUUACCGGUGCUGGGGAAACCCUGUCGCGCCGUAAGUCUUUCAAGAAGACGCUUCGCGAAUCGUUCCGUCGUCUGCGCAAGGGACGCUCAACGAGAAACAAUCCGAGUUCCGGCGGUACGACCGGUGGUGCCGCCGGUCACCAGGGGCAGGCCGAGCCUCGCCCUGUUGAACGGCAGAUCGAAGCGAGGCCGGUGGACGAUGGAAUGGGCUCGAUGGUUCGCUGUUUAACAUUUGCCCAAACAUUCAUCACCAAUCAAAAUGUCUACAUUCCGACGCUGUGGGCCGGAACGAAUGCGAGCUGUGUGUCCGUGUUUGUGCUGAACUUGCCUCCGAAACCAGCGGCACCUGUUGCACGAGCCAGCGGUGAAAAUGAAGAACCGACGGCGGCCCCUGCAGCCAAGACGGCCCCAGUGACUGGAAAGCUGGCGAAGGAAAUUCAGAUGAAGCACCGAGCACCGAUCAUCGGUAUCGCCGUCGUUGAUAGUAACGGAGUCCCAUUGGAGUUACAGAACGUUCCCGGUCCGGCUCCGCAUCGUGUGCUGAUUGCGUCGGAGGAACAGUUCAAGGUGUUCUCUCUGCCUCAGCUGAAGCCGGUUAACAAAUACAAACUCACAGCCCACGAAGGGGCACGUGUGCGGCGCAUUGCCUUUGCCACGUUCAUGUGCACCGUACCGGUGACGCAAGUACAUUCCAGUCCCGCAAAGAGCGUGCCCAAAGCGGCACCAGUCUCCCCAGCGGCAGGAGACCAAACAGCAGCAGCUGGCGAUGGGGCAGGGAACAAUGAGCUGGUCUCCAGUGGGGUGCCGGACAUAACGACCCACUGUGAAAUCAGUCUUCUUUGCUUGACCAAUUUGGGUGACUGUCUGGUACUGACCGUUCCGGAGUUGCGCCGUCAGCUGAACUCGGCUGCCGUACGCCGGGAGGAUAUCAAUGGCAUAUCAUCACUAUGCUUUACCACCUACGGCGAAGCACUUUACAUGAUGUCCUCAUCCGAGGUGCAGCGGAUCAGUCUUUCCGCUACGCGAACCGUCACUCCUACCGGUAUGAUCGAAGUCGAGGAUUGGGCAACGCCUGUUGAUGGUACUGCGGAACAGCAGCAGGCUGACGACGAGGGAGCUGAGUCGCAUGAGGAUGCGAACCAGCAGGAUGCACCGUCAGAGCGUGAGGUCGGUGGCGGUGAGAAACACGCAAAACGCACCGAAAGAUCGUCAAAUCUGGGAGCCCCUCACUUGCUGACGAAUGGCACUUCCGAAUCACGGCUAAGCAAUGGGGUCGGUGGUGGUGAUGAAACUUCGCCGAAUAAGGCCAACGAAACGAUUUCCAGCUCGAUCGGAGACAUUACCAUCGAUUCCGUGCGCGACCAUCUCAACUCCACCACGACGACCCUUUGUUCAACGACGACCGAAGAAGUUGUUGGUCGCCUUUCAGUAUUGAGCACACAAACAAAUCAGUCCUCGUCCACGGCUAAGAACAGCGAAGUAUUGAGCUUCAACUCUUCCAACUUCAGCGACCUGAAGGGUAUAGGCGAUACGACAGAGAAAACAUCCAAUUCGGCGAUCAUCAAAUCGAUCAUCACAUCCGUCAAACAUUCGUCGAACGUUUCAAACGGUGACGCAAAGGAACAGAGCAAAACGACAACAACGAAGACGACGACGACGUCCUCGACGAGCAGCGCCACAAAUGGAACGGAUCGAGAUUCCGUUCCACCGCCACUACCGACCACUGUGCCGCCCCUCAUAACCGUGCUCCGAAAGGAGAGCCAAUUUUAGUGUUUGUCACUUAAAGCAAGACGAUACAACGCAUUUGCGAGCGAAAUAGGGAAGAGCGCGGAAGUUUCUUUUUGCUUGGGCUGUCACGAUAAAGUAUUAGUUUAACUACUUAUCACACCUACGAAAUAGUGCCGUAGUUAAAGACCUUCAUGCACAACUUGCUGCACAACGCAGAGAACCGCACGAAGGUUCACAAUCAUCUAAAUCGUAGCGUGCUGUGGAUGAUCUACCCACCACGGUUGCCUUUUAAUGUGAGACCCGCACUGGGGGGUGCACGUACAAUGGCCAUCGUAUGGAAUUUUUGCACCGUCCAAUUCUUGCAACGAUUUACGAAGAUUUUAUUGCUAAAAUUUUGACUUAUCUUAAGUUGGUCCUCCACGAACAUAGAUAUUUUACAAUCAGAACUUUCGGCAAGCCGCUUCUUGGUAGUUUAGUGUACAUUUUAUAUUCUGCCUCCCCGAGGGGCGCGUUGCGUUCGUAACUUAAGUGUGUGGCCGGUGUGCGACGAUAGGGUGGAGUUUUUCUUGGGGCGAUGUUAACGAAAAUUCAGGUUUCAAAACAAAAGAAAUAAAGCAUUUUCUAUAUUUCGGUCAUCAUAAUGAGCACACCGCUGAACCGGUCGAAACGAACCGGCUGACCGGUGGUCAGCCUCGAAGGCGUAACGACAGACGUGUCUUUUUUCCGGGGGCAGUAAAUGGCAGUAAACGUGUGGAAAGGAAAGGCCUUUAAAUAAAAACGAAAGUAAAUGAUAGAUUUCUUAACACACCGCGGUUCGCGCGGCGUUAGGCAGACAUUUCUUAACCUUAUUUUAUCUCUGUUUUGUUCCUAGUGUUAAAGAUUCCCGAACCGUUUUCGUGCGAACACGAAUCGAAAAGUUGAAGUAUUUUUAUGAUCGUUAAGGAUGACGAUGCUGAUUCAGAUUCAGAAUUAGAGAUAACAGAAUUACGGCGCUGACAAUACACAAGCGAUUUACACUUAAUAGUAUCGUCGCCACAGAGAGAAAAUGAGCGAAGAUGUGUGCCGAAGUGGCAAAUAGAAGCAGUUUAUCGACGUUUACAUGCUUGAUUUUAAAAUGAGAAAUUAUAUGAACAGCAGAUUUAUAUAUACAUAACUUUAUCUUCCUAUUUUGUACGAGCCGAGAA